AAGCCUGAGCUUCUCUAUCAGUAGGUGCGCAAAGUCUGGGAAUUUACUGUGCCGUAGCUUCUAGAACUACAAGUGGUCUUCUAGUAUUAAUAAAAAAAAUAAAGACAUUAAUCUGAAUUAGCUCGACAGGAUUGAGAUGUUACAGUUUAGGGCUUCACUUGUGCUGAAGGAGUUGAUUCAAACCAGCCCAAAGCGUUUGUUUUCUGACAUUAUAAGGCAUAAGAAGACUUUACCAAACGCGUACAUCUACAGCGCUGCUUACCCGCUUACAAAGACUGUGUGUAAUGGAAGACCUUUCUUUCUGCCUUUAGCUGGUAGAAGAGUCCUGUGUACAAAGACCGAAGGAUCGAUUGACCCUCCAGAACCGGUGAAGAAAGAUGAGUCCGUCCAGGAGGCGACGGCAGAUAAGAGAAGGAAGGCUGGCAUCCUGCCCAGCUUGGAAGACCUGCUGUUUUACAGUAUUGCUGAAGGCCAGGAGAGGAUCCCAGCUCACAAAUUCAUUACCGCACUGAAGGCCACUGGACUUCGAACGGGAGAUCCACGGCUAAAAGAAUGUAUGGACAUGUUGAAAGCCACCCUCAAAUCCACAUCAGAUGGUGUAAUGCUGGACCGACACCUGUUCAAAAAGUGUGUCCAAAGCAACAUUGUUCUCCUAACACAGGCCUUCCGGAAGAAAUUUGUCAUCCCUGAUUUCCAGCCUUUUGCCUCCAACAUUGAUGCACUUUAUGAGAAGGCCAGAAAUCUCUCUGGGGGGCUGGUUGCUGACUACAUUCCCCAACUUGCCAAAUUCAGCCCAGAUCUGUGGGCCGUUUCCCUUUGCACAGUCGAUGGACAAAGACACACAGUGGGUGACACUAAAGUGCCAUUUUGCCUGCAGUCGUGCGUAAAGCCGCUCAAGUACGCUAUUGCCGUGCAUGACCACGGCACUGAAUAUGUGCACCGAUUCAUUGGGAAAGAGCCCAGCGGCUUACGCUUCAACAAGCUCUUCCUGGAUGAGGACGACAAACCCCAUAAUCCAAUGGUGAAUGCUGGUGCAAUCGUGUGUACCUCUCUUAUCAAGCAAGGGGCCAGCAAUGCUGAGAAGUUUGAUUAUAUGAUGAACUUCUUGAAGAAGAUGGCAGGAAAUGAAUAUGUUGGUUUCAGCAAUGCCACAUUCCAGUCGGAGCGCGAGUCAGGAGACAGGAAUUUUGCUAUUGGCUAUUACCUGAAAGAAAAGAAGUGCUUUCCAGAUGGUACAGACAUGACUGCUGUUCUGGACCUCUACUUUCAGCUGUGCUCCAUCGAGGUAACGUGUGAGAGCGCUAGCGUCAUGGCUGCCACAUUGGCCAACGGCGGCUUUUGUCCAAUCACAGGCGAGCGUGUGCUGAGCCCCGAGUCCGUGCGAGACACCCUCAGUCUCAUGCACUCCUGCGGCAUGUAUGACUUCUCCGGACAAUUCGCCUUCCAUGUGGGUCUACCAGCCAAGUCAGGUGUUGCUGGCGGUAUUCUGCUGGUUGUGCCCAAUGUGAUGGGCAUCAUGUGCUGGUCUCCUCCGUUGGACAAACUUGGCAACAGUGUCCGGGGCAUCCAGUUCUGUACAGAUCUGGUGUCCUUGUUCAACUUCCACAACUACGACAACCUGAGGCACUUCGCCAAGAAGCUCGAUCCUCGCCGAGAGGGAGGGGACCAGCGGGUGAAAUCUGUCAUCAACCUCCUCUUUGCUGCCUACACAGGAGAUGUUUCUGCUCUCAGAAGGUUUGCACUGUCCUCCAUGGACAUGGAGCAGAGGGACUAUGACUCCAGGACGGCGCUUCACGUAGCAGCCGCUGAGGGACAUAUUGAGGUUGUGCGUUUUCUGUUAGAGGCCUGCAAGGUGAAUCCUGGUCCCAAGGACAGGUGGGGCAACACACCUAUAGAUGAGGCGACACACUUCGGUCAUCAUGAGGUGCUCGCGCUUCUACAGGAGUACAACAAUAAAUACAACCCACCGGUGAACCCUGACGCAGAUAAAGAGAGCACCGAGAAAAAUCUGGACGGGAUGCUGGAGACGUAACCAUUUCCGCUAGCACUAGAGCAGUGGUUUUCAAACCGGUCCUGCAAGCACCCCUAGCACCUCACAUUUUGUAUGUCUCCCUAUAUCUAACACACAUUUCAGGUCUUGCAGUCUUCACUUAUGAGCUGAUUAGUUGAAUCAGGUGUUAUAGGUAAGGGAGACACAAAAAAUGUGCAGUGCUGGGGCUGCUCGCGGGACCGGUUUGAAAACCACUGCACUAGAGGAUACUCUUCUGGAACAGCCCAGUCAAGGACUGCUCCAUCUCGAUAUCAGUGUUUUUUAUUUGUCAGUACAUUUUUUCGUUUCACGUUGUCUCCUGUAGUUUUACAUGCUUUUGUAAGACAUUUUUGGCUUGUUCACAACCUCUUCCUUGCAAGAAAGGGCCUAAGUCAUGAUGACUCUUGGUAGACGCUAUAAUUGUAUGUUCAACCCUCUCGUGCCCGUGUAAAGUUAAUUGAGGUGAGGGGAAUGAUGAUCAGUGAUGUCAUUGCUGCCCCGAAGGCAAAUGGCUAAACUCAAGAGUAUAGAAUGAUAUCAAACAAUCCUGUUUAGUAAUUCAGAAGCAUUAAAAACAGCGGUUGCGCAAACACUCACGACACUUAAAAGCUGCUGGCCAACAUAUCUUAAUGUUGGAAAAGGAAGUAGCUCAGCAGAACGUAAUGAAAAUCGAGAAUGCAUUUUCAUGAAUAAAGAAUCGGUCGAGUGUUGCCACCAAUGAAGAUUAUCAUUAAGAUAAGUAAUGCGAGAACGUGUCCUGUGUAAAAUUAGAAAUUAUUUUUAAUUUUGCAUGUAUUUUGUAUAUGUGUAUCACUUUUAUUUUAUUAUACCUCAUUAUUUGAACAUUUUAACCACUGCCAAAUACAUAGUUAUUUUUUUUUAUUUGUUAGUCUUUAUCGUAUUAUCAGAUAGAUGGUCUAUAUAUAUAUAAUUCAUCAAUGCACUCAUAAUUUAAAUAUUUACAUGCAGAGUCCCGAAAAUGACUGCAUUUUGAGAAGGAACACAAUGUUGUAAUCUCAGAACAAAAGCGAUCAAAAAUAAAGUUUACUGAUGACAGGAAGAUGGAAGUUAUAAACAUCACAUUAUAAACACUAUUUAAUUUCAAUCCUCAACACCAGCUUAAUCAUUAUUGGAUACAAUUUAAAAACUCCUUUAUUUAUAAAUACUCAUUAUAAAUAAAAUACACUGCAUUUGUGCAAACCAUCCGUAAAUUUACAUAUAUUUUAUGAAGUGUUAAAUGACUGUAAAUGUAGUUUAUUGUAAGACAGUUGUUUUAGCAGUGGAAAAAUAAUGUCAAACACUUGAAGAAAGUCAGUUGGACAAAACUUAAGUUCAUGUCAAAGUAAAUGAAUGUAAACUGUUUUAAAGACACUUCAGCACUAUUCAGUAUUAUUUGAUGCAAGUAUUUCUUGCAGAUUUCUGUUAAGACUGUAUCUGGCUGACUCGAGUCGGUGUGUGUACAUGUGCAGUUAAAGCAAUGGUAUAUAAAGAUUCAUCUUUGAUGUGCAAUAAUGAAUAAAAUUGUGUUAGUAAUUAAAA